UGACUCCGGCUUCAUCUUACAUUUAUACAAGCUUUGCUCAUACGUAAUAAAUAACCACUACCCUUCAUGUCUUCACAGCCCCUACGCAUCGGCUUUGUGCCGGAGCACUUCUCCACGCCGCUGCACUUUGCGCGGAAGCACUAUGGCCUCAACGCUCAGCUGAUCCCCUUCCCCUCCGGAACGGGGCACAUGGUCACGGCGAUUCGCGCAGGCGAGAUCGACAUUGGCAUUGGCCUGACUGAGGGCUGGAUUGCCGGACUCGGGAAGGAAGGCGUGGAGGGGGACGGAGGCUACCGCCUUGUAGGGACCUACGUCAACACGCCUCUCUGCUGGGCCAUCUCUACCGGCAAGGAGCGGCCCGAGAUCACAUCCGUCCAGUCCCUCGCCGGCAAGAAGAUUGGCGUCUCGAGGAUCGGCUCGGGCAGCUAUGUCAUGGGCUAUGUCCUCGCCGACCAGCAGGGCUGGCUCGCGUCGGGCGGCGGCAAGGAGCCGUACGCGGACACGGUCAUCCUGAACAACUUUGAGAAGCUGCGCGCCGCUGUCAACGCGGGCGAGGCCGACUUUUUCAUGUGGGAGCACUUUACGUCCAAGAAAUUCUACGACGCGGGGGAGAUCAGGCGGGUCGGCGAGAUCUACACGCCGUGGAGCAGCUGGAAGAUUGUCGCGUCGACCAACCUCACGAGGGACGACGACGGGCUGGACGCCCGGGUGAAGGAUCUGUUUGGGAAGCUGGACCAGGGCAUCAAGCACUUCAACGAGAACCCGGAGGAGUCGGUCCAGCACAUCUCGACAGAGUUGGGGUACACGGAGCCCGAUGCCAGGGAGUGGCUCAAGACGGUCGAGUUCCCCGCCAAGACGCAAGGCGUCAAGCCCGAGGUGGUGGACAACUGUGUGUCGAUUUUGCGCAAGGCUGGCGUCCUGGAAGAGGGCAAGGGCAUGGAACCCAAGAUGAUGACGUACAGCUCGUAGGAGACAAGAGAACAAUGCCAACAUCAAUCAACAAAGACAACCUGAAAUUGCGACGUUUGCUACGUAUUAUUCUUGGACUGUUUGAAGGGCGGCGUUGUUCAUGUUGUGAGACUGAGACCCUCCCUGAUGGGUGAAACACCCGCCCCAUCCCGGCACUUACG